CCAUGGCGCUUCCAACCGUGGCGGCGCUGGUGACGUUCGCCGUUUUACUGACGCUUACGCAGUACUCGGGCGUGCUGGCGAGGGCGGGUCUGGAGGGCGUGGCUGCGGCGGUGGCGGCACCCAGGCGCACCCAGAAGAUGCUCCUGCCGCCACUCGGCGCCGGGAAGCCGAGCGACUGGCAACGCCAACCGUGCCUGGAGAUGGACUACGCAGACCAGCUCGCGAUCGUGGCAGGCUGGGGCCGUGUCGGGCAAGACAAGCCACUGUCGCGCUUCCUCCUCGCCGCCGAGGUCCGCGUCAUCUCCAACGACUUCUGCCGCAAGUCGUCCAUCGGCGAUCAUAUCAAGGAUAACAUGCUGUGCACCUACUACGAGAAGAAGGACGCUUGUCAGGGUGACAGUGGCGGUCCAUUAGUAGUUUCGUCAAAUGAUGGUCACUUCGAACAGAUUGGUGUAGUAUCAUGGGGUAUUGGUUGUGCACGACCAAACAUGCCUGGUGUCUUCAGCAGAGUGACCGAAUUCUUGAAUUGGAUACGCCGCAAUACAAGAGAUGCUUACUACUGUUCAAGAAAUUAACACCAUUCAAGAUAAUGGCAAAGCAACAUUUCUCUUGAUUGGCAAUAGAAGAUGUUCAACAUCU